AUGCAUCUGUACAAACAUCUACGAAUUCACCAAAUCUUCGGUGCAAAUACAGAUGUCGGAAAGACAGUACUCGGAACUGCUCUAGUGCUAUCUUCCGCAGAACGAGGACGGUUUGUCCGUUACCUCAAACCUGUUAGCACGGGUCCUCUCCAGGACGCUGACGAUGCAUUUGUGAAGCGAUUCAGUCAUCGCUAUAAAGACACAGUACAGCGCGAUUGUCUUUUUCAGUUUCAAGAGCCAGUCAGUCCGCACCUCGCCCUCCGUCUUCAACACGGUCAAGGUUUUAGCAAGAAUAAGAUACCCACGGACAGGGCCGUGCUUAAGUCAAUUGCAAAGUACAUCGAUGGAGCACAAAAUUCGCCAUCCAAAAGCAACGUUUUAUAUAUUGAGACAGCGGGUGGCGUGCAUAGUCCUUCGAUAAGUGGUAUAAGCCAGGUCGAUAGCUAUCGUUCGUUGCGUUUACCUACCAUCCUUGUCGGCGACUCGAAACUCGGAGGAAUCUCCUCCACAAUAUCGUCAUACGAGUCGUUAAUAGUACGAGGCUACUCCGUCGACUCGAUACUCCUUUUUCGUGAAGACUACUACCGAAACUGGGAUUAUUUGACCGCAUACUUUAAUGAGCGAGGCGUGCAUGUAGCGUCUUUCCCUGCCCCUCCGCCCAAAAGCAACAACACGGAACAAAACUUCGUAACCACGGACUCAUACUUCUCCGAGUUACUGAAAGACGAAUUAUUAUCUGCAGUCGAUGAACAUCUAGACAACAAGCACUCUGAAAGAAUCGAAGAACUGCACUCCAUGCCUUCACGCACCCUGGACUCCAUCUGGUGGCCAUUCGUCCAACAUGGCCACGUCAAGGAGCCAAAGGAUGUAACCGUAAUUGACAGCGCUUUCGGGGAUUUUUUCAGCGUAUAUACUGGCCAUACAAACAGCGAUUCCUCUUCCAACCUGCUUUCAUCAUCGUACGAUGGGUCUGCGUCUUGGUGGACCCAAGCAUUUGGGCAUGGUCAACCUUCUUUGGCACUGGCGGCUGCUCGUGCAGCAGGACGCUACGGCCACGUCAUGUUCCCUGCAGCUACCCACCUUCCUGCUUUAAGACUUGCCGAACGCCUAUUAUCACCAAAGGGGCCAGGUAACGGUUGGGCUUCGCGAGUUUUCUACUCCGAUGACGGUUCGACCGCAAUGGAAGUUGCGUUAAAAAUGGCUUUACGCGCGUAUUGCAAACGUCAUGGAAGUGACCUCGAUCAAACUCAGAAACAACGGCUAGGCAUACUGGGCCUUAAAGGUAGUUAUCAUGGCGAUACGAUUGGUGCUAUGGAUGCAUGCUACGAUGGAGAUGGCGUUUACACUUGCGAAUGGCACUCUGCUAAGGGAUUUUGGCUCGACCCGCCUACGAUUGGUUUACGAGAUGGAAAAGCGUAUGUUGAUCUACCAGACUCAAUUGUAUCUGCUGGAAACAUAAACGAGAAAGCUAUUGAAGCUGAAUCCCUGCAAUGGCUGUAUAACGUUCCCCAGCGACUCGACACAGAACUAGCCACUCAAUACCGCCGAUUUAUCUCCGAAACGCUGCACAAGCUCGCACAAUCAGUACAGAGCCCGCGACUUGCCGCCUUGGUUCUCGAACCUCUCGUCAUGGGCGCAGGCGGGAUGAUCUUCGUAGACCCUCUCUUUCAACGUAUCCUCGUCGACGUAGUACGAGAGAGCUCUCCAGAACGCGGUCCGGACGGCAGUUGGCAAGGCCUCCCCGUCAUUUUCGACGAAGUAUUCACAGGCUUAUAUCGUCUCGGCCAGAAAACAUGCAUCUCAACUCUCGGUGUAACCCCCGACAUCGCUGUAUAUGCUAAAACCCUAACAGGAGGUGUCGUCCCUCUCGCGGUCACGCUUGCUUCAGAAUCGAUAUUCAAUGCGUUCUUGGGGGAUAAUAAAGCGGAAGCUCUGUUGCAUGGACAUAGUUAUACUGCACACGCUGUUGGAUGCGAGGUUGCCUGCGAGUCAUUGGACUUGAUGGAGAAGCUUGAAACGUCAAAUGUGUGGACUGAGGUGCAAAGAAGGUGGGGAAAGGCGGUUGACUCGGCAUCGACACAGUCUGCCCAGAGUUCAUCUACGGUGUGGAGCAUGUGGAACCCGAAGUUCGUAAAAGAACUCUCAAAGUUACCAGUGGUAGAAUCGGUAAUGACUAUGGGCACGGUCCUCGCGGUCAAACUCCGAGGUACAAGCGAAGGAUAUCGCUCCCAACUAGCCCAAACCGCCCUUCAGUCCAUAAAAUCACCAGCACAUAAUGAGUCCGACUCCUUCGGCGUCCAUUUCAGGACACUCGGUGACGUCGCGUACUUCAUGACCAGUCUCAACUCGUCACAAGUAGUCAUAAGAGAGGUCGAGAGACGAAUCAUGAAUGCUCUGCAAGGUGGUGAAGCCUAUAGCCAGGUUAAUGUACAACGGAAGACGUCGCCACGAAAAGACAAGAGAAAACUCGCCGCUGCAUGAUUAGACCGACGGAUUGCGCUUCUUGAGGGAAGACGAAUUACAAGCCGUUCCAUAACCUAUCUGUGCAUUACAUCUCAUGAUACCUGUGUAGAUAUUUCGCUGUAACUUGUGAUAAAC